GCUGGAAAUAGUCACAAAAUAAAAAGUCGCCACAUUUCCCACAGUUCAUUGAAGAUGUCGUAUGUAGCUUAUGUGCAAGGUGGAUUUAUUACGUGUGAAUUGUAAGAUCUUGUGGAUAUGAAAGAAAUCAUUUUAGUUUGCAGUAUUUUAAUUAUUAAUACGUAAUAAAUCCACCUUGCAUACUUGCUAGCAGCGAAUCUUACUCGAUAACUUUGUUGUUGCUUUCGCAUGCAAAUUUUUCGUCAAAUUAAUCGAGCAUAGGAUAGCGAGCGGAGAAAUGGCGAAUAGAAGAGGCCUACUGAAGCAAAAUCAAGAAUGACAGAUUACAAGAUAAUGGAACCAAUGGAAACAUCAAUAUCCGCUAAUGAGUCUGAAACUCCAACAGAUACGUCGACUCUUAUGGAAACAGAUGAGCCUAGUGAGUCUUCAGCGCCUGCGGGUGGCGUUUCAAAUACAGGAGUCAACGGAAAUAAUGAUGGGAAUAACGAAAGUGCUGCUACCGAUGAAUUACGCACCUCAUCAACUGACGAGAAGAACGACAGUGCUAAUGCAAACGAUAACAGCCAAUCAAGCGAUCAGCAUAAUGGUGUCUCCUCGACUACAGACAUGCCACCGCCGCCCCCAUCAACUGGGAGCGGACUCCCAGGAGAAAGUAACGUCACAGCAACUACUACGGGAGGACCUCCCAUUGACGAAGAAGAUGCCAAAUGGCAUACGGUGGGCAUUUAUACUGGACUCAAUGCAACAGUUUCUUCGUACAUAGACAACAGUAUUUGGUCAUCGUCUGGGUUGAAAUUGACAUCCAGAGACUUACCAGAUCUUUCAACAAUUCAACGCGUUAAUCUGGAGCCAGGUACUGCUUAUCGUUUUCGUUUGCGUGCUAUCAACACGUGUGGUGCCAGCGAUUGGAGUGAGAUAUCGAGUUUUAAAACCUGUUUGCCCGGUUUCCCGGGUGCACCAUCUGCUAUUAAAAUAUCAAAAUCAUCCGAAGGUGCUCACCUUACGUGGGAACCACCACCGAGCUGUGUGAAUUCGAAUGAAAUUAUCGAAUAUUCCGUAUAUUUGGCAGUUAAACCGGGCAAAGACAAAGAUGGCAAACCAAUAGGCGCAGGCGCGCGUCUACCGGCACAACUUGCAUUUGUACGCGUAUAUGUGGGCGCAGCUAAUCAAUGUACAGUAGCGCAUUCAUCAUUGGCUACGGCGCACGUUGAUUGUUCAAAUAAGCCGGCUAUAAUUUUUCGCAUUGCUGCGCGCAAUGAUAAAGGUUAUGGACCGGCUACUCAGGUUAGGUGGCUGCAGGAUCCGGUACAGAGCGGUGCAUCCCCGGGAAGCGGUUUGGCUGGUGGAGCUGGUAGCAUACAAUCUCCAACACGCAUUAAGCCGGAAUUGGGAAGUGCGUCGCCUAACAAACGUUUUAAGAGCAGCGGUGGAGUUGGCGGUGGCGGGCGCGCAGUAUUGCCAUAACUUGAUCGACAGCGGGGAAGCGAGAAGUGAUGAAAAUUCGAGCGUGGAGUAUACCAUGAAAACGCAAAAUCUGCAU